AUUUUUCUAGAUAUGACAUUUGGUGCAGGAGGACACACAAAAGCCAUUCUACAGAAGGAGUCAGAUAUUAUCCUGUAUGCCUUAGACCGAGACCCAACAGCUUAUGCAAUAGCUGAACAGCUUUCAGAAUUGUAUCCUAAACAGAUCCGAGCUAUGCUAGGCCAAUUCAGCCAGGCAGAAGACUUAUUAAUGAAAGCUGGAGUGCAGCCAGGGACUUUGGAUGGAGUUCUUUUGGAUCUUGGGUGUUCUUCCAUGCAACUUGAUGCUCCUGAAAGAGGUUUUUCCCUUCGGAAGGAUGGCCCCUUGGACAUGAGAAUGGAUGGUGGCAGGUACCCUGACAUGCCCACUGCCGCUGAUGUUGUGAACGCUUUAGAUCAACAGGCACUUGCAUCCAUCCUGAGAACAUACGGGGAGGAAAAGCAUGCCAAGAAAAUUGCUUCAGCAAUCGUUCAGGCACGUAGCCUCUACCCCAUCUCCAGAACCCAGCAGCUUGCCAGCAUCGUUGCAGGUGCAUUUCCUCCAUCUGCUAUUUUUGCGCGAAAAGACAUGCUACAACGAUCUACCCAUAUUGCUACCAAGACUUUCCAAGCUUUUCGAAUAUUUGUGAACAAUGAGCUUAAUGAACUUUACACAGGAUUGAAGACAGCUCAGAAGUUUCUGAGACCUGGUGGUCGCCUUGUUGCCCUCUCCUUCCAUUCAUUAGAGGAUCGCAUUGUCAAACGAUUCUUGCUUGGGAUAAGCAUGACAGAAAGGUUUAACCUAAGUGCUAGACAGAAGGUGAUACAAGCAUCACAGUUAGGUUCAGGUCAUGAAAACAAGGAAGGAGACUCUAUAAGCAAAGCCCCUUUAGUGUGGAAAUUGAUACACAAGAAAGUACUUACUCCAGAAGAUCAGGAUGUGCAGGAUAACCCCAGAGCACGCUCAGCCAAGCUUAGAGCAGCCAUCAAAUUAUGAUAAAGAAAGUUUUCGUCAUGUGGUCCUUCAAGUUUUUCCUCACGGUUUCUGUUUUUGUAUGUGAUAUUCCUGAAUGGCUUAAUAUAAGGAAGUAUGGGAUAUAUAGAGAAACAGAUGUACUAUAUAUGUGUAGAAUUUGAGGGUAUUUACCUUUUUUUUUUUCUUAGAAAAUAUGAGAAAUACUGGCAUGACACAGAAAGGUCAACUCUAGGAGCAACAACAUCUCAAAACUGGAGCAGUGUCUCUAUCUGAGUAUUAUAUUUGGCUUUUGAAAUGUAGUCCUUUCUCUAAUCAUGGACAUUUUUUAUAAAGAAGAGUACUAUGUGUAUUUAUUUAAAUAUGAACACUCAAUCUGUCAAAAGAUAGAGAUUAUAAUUGUAUCUGCAUUUUCUAAAUUCUGAAUUUAGAUAUUCAGAUUUGCAACAGACUUUCUAUGGAUCAAGUAAUAAGAAAUAAUAAGUAAGUAAAGAUCAUCAAAGAAAUUUUCAUCUCUAUUUAGGAAUAAUUAAUUAGUAGUACUAUAUUUCCCAAAUAUAGGUAUUAUGCAGAUUUUUCAAGUAUUAUUUUUAAAAUGGAUCAUACUGAUAAACGUCACUUUUGAAACUAUAGUGUUCAUUGUUUUAAAGGGAUUUUGCAAUAUGAUAUAUACUAUAUUUUAUAUAUUGAAAGUAAAAAUGGAGAAUUGCCAAUAGCCCUCAUAGAGAAUGUUUCAUAAAACCUACAUUUUAAGUCAAGUGUAUUUAUUUUAAUAAUAUCCCAGAAUGCCUUUGACAAAUAAUAAAAUCUGUCAUCAUUUGAAUCCUGCAUUUUAUAACUGAGCUAUUCAAAAUAAUUAAACCAAGUCUAUUGCAAUAGAAAAGUAUAGGAUAUAUUAAAGAUAUUAAAAUGAAUGUUCCCUUUAAUGUUUUUACAUACCCAACAGUAGCUGUAAUAGCAAAAUGUUUUUUCAGGAGACAUUCACUUGGUAGGGGAUUCUUAAUGAAAUUUAUAUAUAAUUUAUAUAUCAACUUGUUAUAUGUAAAUAAGCAUUUCUAAUUUUUUUUAGUUAUUCAGCAAGUACUAAACUAGGCAGAGAAACAAAGGUGAGUAAAAUACACAUAUAUCACAGUGUCUGUCCUGUGGAGUUUAGAGUCUAGUGGAGAAGAGUGAUGGUAGUUAAAUAAUCACAAAAGUCAAUGUAAAAUUAACACAGUAGCUACAAAGAAGCAUUACAGGGAUAAGAACAUCUAGUAGGGAUUUCAUUUACUGAAGGAAACCGGGUCUGACAAUGUGAUGCUUGAAUUAUGACUUGAAGGAUGAAUGAGAGAUAAAAUUAGUCAAAGGGUACAUUGGCAUCUUGAUUAAAGAUCUAUAUAAAAGACUGCUUUCUUAAGUAGUUGUCCCUGAAAUUAUAUUUAUACUAUUAAUAUAAUAGUAUAACUAUUAGUAAACUAUUCAAAUAUAGGAAAAAUUCAUUCUCUCAACUAUGAUAACAUUGUGAAUUGGUGAAUAUAAGUGAAUAAAAUAUUAACAUAACUGUGGGCAAAAUAUAUAAAUUAAAUACUUAGAUUUUCUUUAUCUACCUCUGUAAUAUUUAACUUUUGUUCUCAAGCUUGUUUGCCACUUUUACUUUAUUUUUUAAUUUUGUUUACUUAUUUUGAGAGAGAGAGAGAGAGCACAAGCAAGUUAGGGGCAGAGAGAAGGAGAGAACAGAAUACCAAGAAGGUUCUGCGCCAUCACUGUAAAGUCUGAUGCAGGGCUUGAACUCACAGACUGUGAGAUCAUGACCUGUGCCAAGAUCAAGAGUUGAAUGCUUAACAGACUGCACCACCCAGGUGACCUGCAACUUUUACAUUAUAGGCUGUAUUCAGAUCUGAGCAAUUCUGCAGUGAAAGUAAUUUGUCAUUAUUCAGAAUUACAAAAUAUUCUGGGGAGCAAUGUCCUCAAAUUAGAAAGAAGUGAAUUCACUUAGGUUAAUCCACUGAUCUUUUCUGGAAAAAAAAUGUUUAAGUUUCUCUUUGCAUGUAAGUCAUAUUUGUGAAUGAGAAAGAUUCCAUAAGGUGAAUUCCCAUAUAUGUAUCUGAUUGGAAAGUAAGAGAUCACACUCAUAGAUAACAAUGAUCCACUUAUUCAUCAGUCAUGUUUAGAUCCUGUAUAGUCUAGUGAUUUUUGUCUUUAAUGUUAAAUGGAGAGUAACUGCACUGAGUUGAAUAGUGUUUUCCCUCCAAAAUUCAUGUCCUUCUGAGAACAUCAGAAUAUGACCUUAUUUGGCACUGUGGUCACUACAGAUGUAAGUACUUAAGCUGAAGUCAUAGUGAAGCAGAGAGGCCCUUAAUCUAAUACAUCUGCUGUCCUAAGAAGAGAAGAAAGAAAGAGACACAGGGAAGAGUGCUGCAUGAAGAUAAAAGCAGAGACCAGAAUGAUACAUCUACAAGAAAAAGGACACCAAAGGUUGCUGGCAACCAUUAGAACCUAGAAGAGAAGAAUGGAAGAUAUUCUCCCUCAGUCUGAAGUAGAUCUUUGCUGACAACUUUAUUUUAGACCUUCAGAUUCCAGAACCACGAGAGAACAUGUUUCUGAUCUUCAGAGCCACCCGAUAUGUGGUAAUUUGUUACACAGCCCCUAGGAAACUAAUACUGUGAUAUGAAAAAAUCUAGAAUAUGCAUGAAACAAAUCCUUUUUUCAAUAAACAAAAAAUUAGUAUCAAAUGUUGUAGUGUAAAAAUAUAUGUUAUUUUCUAUAAUUAGGCUGUUUGCCAUAAUCAUUCUUGCCUGCUUCUUAGUCUUUGCUAUAGAAUGUGUAAUAAAAUGCAUGAAUGAGUUUUAAAUGGUUAAUGCUAGAAAUUGUUUUUUUGAAGUACAAA